GCUUUCAGUUUUGGGGAUAGCUUCGCACUGGUGAACGCACAGCGAAGAAAAUGCGUCUGAUUUACUGGAGAGAGUUUAAAUUAAGGAAUUUUUAUGUAAUACUAUUACUAAUAGUUUUUAGUCGGAUAUCUCAGUAGCGAUUCCCAGCCGGUAAUGAGAUUUGCAAGUGUUUGCGUCCUGUUGGCCCAGCUGGCAGUAUCUCCAGUCUACUCUGUCCGCAUGUUUGUGAUCUUCGGCCAUUCCCUCACUCUUCCCUGCCAUGGAGCCCCCAGCAGGGAUGUGGAUUGGUUGUUUCAGCAGUAUGAGCUUCCUGACUGGCUGCAUGUGGCCGUACUCUACACCGGAGCCUUUUCUUCUGGAAACGGCUUCCAGGGACGGGUGGAAUCCUUCCACCUAACAGAGCCGGGAAACUACAGCCUCACCCUUAGUCCUGUGGUGUACAGUGACCUCGGCAUUUACACAUGCCAGUAUAAGGAUGAGACUGAGAUCCCUCUUUCAGAUGUGAAACUAGAAAUUAGAGUCCAAUCAAAAGUUUCUGUAGCGAUCGGAAUGUCCACCAGCCUUCCUUGCUUUGGGAAAAUUAAUACACGAGCACGUGCUGAUGAUCUGGAUAUCCUCUGGAUGAGAGGCGGAGAGAACGUUUACCAGCUCCAUAAGAACACCAUCACAUAUGGACCCAGGUUCGAGAACAGAACUUCACUUUCCCCAGAACAAGCCCUCUAUGGAAACAUGUCUUUAACCAUCAGACAGGCACGGUUUUCAGAUGAAGGCGACUACCAGUGCUUCUACAGCAGUCCAAAAGAGAGUGGGAAUCCAGAUUCUGCCAGUCUCUUUGUUACAGCCCAGCUGGCAGUAUCUCCAGUCUACUCUGUCCGCAUGUUUGUGAGCUUCGGCCAUUCCCUCACUCUUCCCUGCCAUGGAGCCCCCAGCAGGGAUGUGGAGUGGUUGUUUCAGCAGUAUGAGUUUUCUGACUGGCUGCAUGUGGCCGAACUCUACACCGGAGCCUUUUCUUCUGGAGACGGCUUCCGGGGACGGGUGGAAUCCUUCUACCUAACAGAGCCGGGAAACUACAACCUCACCCUUAGUCCCGUGGUGUACAGUGACCUCGGCAUUUACAAAUGCCAGUACAAGGAUGAGGCUGAGAUCCCUCUCUCAGAUGUGAAACUAGAAAUUAGAGUCCCAUCACAUGUUUCCAUAGCGAUGGGAAUGUCCGCCAGUCUUCCUUGCUUUGGGCAAAUUAACACACGUGCUGAUGAUCUGGAUAUCCUCUGGAUGAGAGGCAGAGAGAAAGUUUACCAGCUCCAUAAGAACGCCAUCACAUAUGGGCCCGGGUUCGAGAACAGAACUUCACUUUCCCCAGAACAAGCCCUCUAUGGAAACAUGUCUUUAACCAUCAGACAGGCACGGUUUUCAGAUGAAGGCGACUACCAGUGCUUCUACAAUAGUCCAAAUGAGAGUGGGAAUCCAGAUUCUGCCAGUCUCUUUGUUACAGGCCACCCAACCCAGAACCUUACUGUGAAGGCCGGUGGUUUGCUCUCCAUACUGCUCUAUGCCGCAGACCCAGUGAGGGUAACAUUCAGUGCAGGCCUUGGUUCAGAUGAGGUGCUGAUAUUCAAUGCAAAUAAAGGCCCAGCCAGGUAUGGGGAGCGUUGUGCUCAGAGAUGUGAGCUUCUGGCCCAGAACUACACCCUUUUGCUGAGGAGUGUGACACUGGAGGAUGCCGGAGUCUACAACGUGACCGAUCCUGAGACUAAGAAGACUAUCGGCUCAGUCUCUCUGCAUGUCUCAGUUGAUCCUGAUGGUAACCCUGGCCCACAAACCAGUAUCUCGGGAAUUCCAAAGGGAUGUACUUUUCCUAACUUAUCUGCUUGCAUCAGCCCCUCCUCUCUCUGCUGGAGCAGUGGCUGGGAUAGUGCUGGGAGUGCUGGUGGUGGUGCUGCUGGUGUUGGGGGCCUUUGCUUUCUGGAAGUACUGCAAAUAACAAAAGCGAGCAGAGCCUGUAGUCCGUUACCAAGCAGCCAGUGCUGAAGAUCAGAACAUAUCCAGCAGCAGAGCAGCAGACCCAGCCCGAGACCCAGACCGCUCUCCCUGAACUCCGUCUCCCCGUGUCCGAAUCGGAUCCUUCUCCCACCAGUCCCCAUCUCCUCGUGUUCGAAUCGGAUCCUUCUCCCACCAAUCCCCAUCUCCUCAUGUCCGAAUCGGAUCCUUCUGCCAAUGAACAGAGUGGUCAGACCUGAUUGAAAUGCAGGAGAAAAAGUCUUAGAGUGUGGAACUGCUAUGACAAUGUGCUGUACCUGCAGGGGAAUCUGCUGGUAUGAAUUUUAUUGGAUCUGACCAAACACGGAGAGGGACAGAGUGGAAGGGACAGACUUUUGACCCCCCUUCACCAAAAUUUCUAUUGGUAUUGAGUUUGUAGUGAGCAUACACACACACCUCAGACACACAGACACAGGCCCCCCUCAGUACUGUGGUGGAAAUUACCUUCAUUUCCCCUGGUUGGUAAGAAGAGUCAAACAGACGUACACACAAUAUUCAGUUCAGAUACCUUUAUUCGGCCGAAUAGGAGAAUCCACACAGCGCCACAACACGUCUGUAUGAAAGCUCUCAGAACAGGUGAAAAGCCAUUCAUUUUAUACAAUUAAAAGUAGGUGAAAGGCGGGUUCUGGAAUUUUCGCAAAACCUGUCUGUCUCAAA